GACGUCUGACGCGGAGCAGCGUUUCUUGGUUACGGUAAAGCUAAGCUAACAGCUAGUUCAGUUCUCUCGGGGCUGUUUCCUCCUCAGUUCAGCGGGGCUCCGCCUCAGUGUCUCCCCAGUGGUUUCAGUCAGUGACACACGGACUCUCAGAUCAGACUUUCACCGUUAAUCCUCCGGGGAUGUCUUUCCUGGAGAAGCCGGCCCCCGGCAGGAUGCUGCUGGACGACACCGUACCCCUGACGGCGGUGAUCGAAGCCAGCCAGAACCUGCAGUCGCACACGGAGUACAUCGUCAGAGUCCAGAGGGGCGUGUCUGCAGAGAAUAGCUGGCAGGUGAUUCGACGCUACAGUGACUUUGAUGUUCUCAACAGCAGCCUGAUGGUUUGUGGCAUCACUCUCCCUCUUCCUCCAAAGAAGCUAAUUGGAAACAUGGACAGGGAGUUCAUAGCAGAGAGACAGAGAGGACUGCAGGCCUUUCUGGACUCCAUUACCCAGCAUCCCCUGCUUUCCAGCUCCUUAACCAUCAAGAAGUUCCUGGACCCAAACAACUACUCUGCCAACUACACAGAGAUCGCCCUGCAGCAGGUCUCCAUGUUCUUCCGGUCGGACCUGAAGUGGGAGGUAGUGGAGCCUCUCAAAGACAACGGCUGGAGGAUCAGGAAGAAAUUCUUUUUAAUCAAAAACAAAGAGCAGCCCAAAGAGAGGUAUCUGCUGAGCUGGGUGGACCUGGGUCCUGAUAAGUUCCUGUCUGACAAAGACCUGCAGUCCGCCAUGAAGCUGCUAACCAGCCUCUCUACUCCAUAUCUCUGUCCGCUGUUGUUCUCCAGCACCAGCGAGUCUUCAGCUCUGCUCAUCCGGCCGUUUAGUGAGAGAGGCUCUCUGAGAGACCACAUCUGUAAGGUGAAGCCCAGAGAGAGUUACCUGAAGAAGUACUGCAACCCGAAGAAGAGUCAGGGACUCGAACUGCAGCACAUCAAACUGUACGGCCGUCAGAUCCUGGAGGGCCUGAAGCUCCUCCAUGAUGGCGGUUUAUUUUUUGGUCACCUGCACGCGUCCAAUGUAAUUGUGGAUGACGGCGUGUGUCGACUGAUGGACGUAGAGAACGGCAUGCUGGGAGUUCCCUCAGCGCUGCGACCCGCCUUCACCCAGCUCAGGAAGAUCAACACCACAGAGAGCAUCGACGUCUUCUGCUUUGGAUAUUUACUGUACGAGAUGACGUACGGCCGACCGCCGGACAGCGUCCCUGUCGAUCAAUACCCCGAUGUCCCCUCCACCGCUGUGGUGUCAGUGCUGCAGUCCAUGUUGUCCGCAGAGGCCUGUAAGAGCGGGAUGCCCAGAGUGUCGGAGCUCCUCCAGACACCGCUGUUCAGGGACGUCCAGCUCCAACACUCAGAGAAACUCCAGAUCAAGGUUCCCAGCCGGCUAAAAGAGGCGCUGAAGACGGCGAAGGAGAGUCUGGAGAAGAGGCUGCAGGAGGAGCAGCGAGGGCUCCACCAGCACAGGAGGUUGACCAGAGCUCAGUCUCACCACGGCUCAGAGGAGGAGAAGAAGAGGAGGAAGAUUCUGGCGAGGAAGAAGUCCAGACAGUCGGCUUAUGAAAAUGAAGAAGACGUCUCUGUCAGAAACAACAAUAACUCCGGUUCUGGAGCCAGUUCUCCUCCCACAUGCCCGUCCUCCCCCACCCCCCCCGUCCACCACAGAGCAUGCUCCAUUCUGACCGUGUCGUUGGGAGCCCUGACUGCUCCUCCUCCCCCUCCCCCCUCCUCCCCCCCUCCUACGCUGGACUCGUCCUCCUGUCCUCCUCCUCCUCCGCUGUCCUCCCCUCACGGAGCGGGAGGAGGUCGCACCGCCUUGCUGAGCUCCAUCCAGGCCUUCAGUAAGGGCAAACUGAAGAAGGCCGACAGCGUCGACCACAGCAAACCCAUCAUCUGACCCCGCUCGCCUCCACCACCUGUCCUCCAACAGGAAACCGUCACGACAGCGUCACAACCGACCUGUGGUCCGGACCGGUUCACGUCCCUGAGAUGUGAAAACGAAUCACUAACAAAAAAAAUUAAUCAAAGAACCAUUUUAGUUUUUAUCGCUAUUCCUGCUUUUUUCAGCUUUUACAUUUUUUUAAUCUGUUGCUGUGGUUGGAGAGACUAGAGGACGAGCGCGGGGCGUCUGCCCGUUCAAAGACUCUGGACAAUCACCUGAAGGUGUGUCUUCUCUGACUGCCAGGUCACAAGGAGGCAGCCGCCAGGCUCCAGGUGAAAACGCUGGUGAACUCGAACUGCGUGUGGGGAGCUUUUCUGGCUUCUUCUCUGCUUGUAAAAGUAGCGGUUUGAUAUUUGAAGGUUUUGGAGACACUCUGGAUGCUUCAUCCCGCUGGAUCAUGAGGUUACAAUUCCUGCAUCCAAAACUCUAACAUCAGUGCUCCGACACUGUGGCGCUGCGCUGGUCCAAACUCCAGCUUUCCUUCUUUGAAAUCAUCUCAUAACACGAAGCCUCCAGACUCCACGCAGUCUCUGCAGGACGUCAGAGACGAAGGACGACUCCAGUCAGAAGAGCUGUCUAUAAUUAUGUCCCAAAAACCUUAUUUUCUUAAAUCAAAUCAACUAGAAAUCAACUUACGGUUUUAGAUUUUUCUAGAAAAGUCGCUGAAUUAGAAGCAAGAAAUCGGAAAAUAUUUACACACAAGUUGAUUUUAUUGGAGUGAAGUUGGAAAUGAACAGAUUUAUGUUAAUUUGUUUUAAGAAAAUAAGCAGAAAUGAGUUGAUAAGAAGGAUGUUUGCUGCGUCGAGGUGUGAGAGGGAGACGUUUAUUAGACUUUGCUGUAUUUUGUGCAAUUAGUUCAUUAGAGAUUCUGACGGUGAAUGUUCGUUAGAACCAUGACAUGGAUCCAUUUAAAGAAACUCCACUGUGUUCUGUUCAGCUCUGUUAGCAUGUGGCGACCUGAUCGCUCACUCUUAGAUUCUUUUAAACAACUUCACGGCAGUUUGAGACCAAACAUCUUGCACACGAUGAAGAGCAGCAUGUGAUCCUGCAGAGCAGCUAACCAACAAUCUACAAACUACAAUAAGUUUGUUUCAAACCUCCUGGGUUUUUUGUGCACUAAAAAAAGAUGAGUAGGAAGCGGCGAAUAAAGUGUUUUAUAUAUAUCAAGGACAAUUUACGCUUGGCUGAAGAGGAACAGUUGGUGAAAUACGUGCAAUGGAAACUGAAUAAGGUGAAUAAAUCGUGACGUACAUGAAGAGUUUGACGUCCACUAAAGAGACAAAGACAUCGGAUCUGUGUGGACUUUAACGCAUCAUGUCUCCAACAUGGUUUUCCACAAGUCUUUGGGUUUGACUGGCGCUCUGUUCAUUAUGUCAUCGUCACGCUUCUUCUGCAGCAGCUUCAUGUCACCAGUUCGCAUGUUGGCAGGGGAUGGAAAUGCACAAUAAUUAGCAUUUUCUUUUACCGUUUUUCUCCACAUUUGGUAAAAUGUGCCCGACAUUUGGAUGGAAGCUUAUCUAUUGCUGUGUGAACAUUCACAAUAUAUAAAUCUUCUUAUCUAGUCAUCCUCCAUUUUAUUCAAGUCCCAGCAGGGCUCGUAUGGAAGCCCAGAGAGCGAAGUGAGAUAAAUGUUUUAAAGAAUCUGGUGAUCCAGAACAGAACAGGAUCAUCUUCAUUGCUUUUAGAACAUGGUGUAGUGGAGCACGUCAGCCUCGUGUGGCUGAAAUGAGUAUUACAACAACAAACACUUUCAAAGAUGGGAAAGAAUUCUCCUGGGGAAACUAUUUUCCACCUGUUGUAAAAGGUGAGACUUCCAUGUCUUGUUUGUUAUAAAGCAGGUGUAAGUGCUUUAUAAAUGCUGUGUGAGUACCAAAACCCUCCAUCCAUGCUGAAACACAAAAAAUAAAUUCAAGUAUGAACCUGUAGAUGAGCAGAAUGUGUCACCUUUAAGUCUUAAACACAGAAGGUCAGACAAUGGAUCACCAGAAUAUGUUUCUCUCACUUGCCUGCUUCCGUGGGAUGGAGAGGAAGAUUACAAGACUGCUGGGACUCAGAGCACAACAUUGACUUGUCCACCAUUCUUCUUCAGUGAAAUGAUUUGCCAUCACACUGUAACUUCUGCCUCACGUCAAUAAGACUUGACGUGUCAGAGAGUAAAGGUAGUGUGUGCCACUACGGCUCGUGCAGCUGCUCUCUAUUGGGAAUGAUGGCUUUGCUCUACGCAAUGUCAAACUUGCACUUUCGGUGUGAAAGCCUGUAAAACAGAAACUGGUCCGACGUAUCGUGGAUCCACAGCGUCGUGGAUCCACAGCGUCCACAGCGUCAUGGAUCCACAGCGUCAUGGAUCCACAGCGUCCACAGCGUCAUGGAUCCACAGCGUCAUGGAUCCACAGCGUCAUGGAUCCACAGCGUCGUGGAUCCACAGCGUCGUGGAUCCACAGCGUCAUGGCGUCAUGGAUCCACAGCGUCGCUCAGCUCUGAUUGUAUUUCGGGUCUGAAAUUAAUCUGAAAUCCAUUUUUUGAUUUUGCUUCUUUGCACCACAAUACAUUCUUAUUAUUCCACAUUUAUGACCCAUUAUGCUGCUUUUGGCCCAUUAACUUGACAUCACUGCUGAUCUUUUUCCAAAUCGUUCUAAAUGUCCCUCCUUCCAGGCAGCCAGUCAUUUAUCUGACAAUCAACUUGCAGAGAUUUGAAACUUGCUGCAGAGAGAAAUCAGAGAAGUCACCUUUUAGUUUCACUUCAUCACGUUAUAGUUGUGUGCUCAUGUAAAGUUGCUUGCAGGGAGUGCAAUGAGUACAGAGAUUAGAGAUCAGAAACAAAUUACUUCAAAUGUAGCUUUUCACAGCAUCCAUCUUUGUUCCUUCGGGACCAAACGGUUUAGUGAAUUCAGAUUUGCAGACUUGUUGAUCAGAUUAGAUGUAUUAAUGCAUCACCAAGGAAUGAUUUAAAAGCAAUAAAUAGAUUUUCUGCAGCAAGUUUCACACUCUUUAUAGAAAUGACUUGAAGGAAGUAAAUAAAUCAGGAGUGACACGUUGGCGCUUCACUGCGAGCACCACUGGUGACUUUAACAUGGCUACCCUCCACAGAGCUCAGUUCACCUUCCUCUUCACGUCUGAGGGUUAAUUUCAGACCCUUAAUGUUGAUUCCUGUUUUAAUUCUGUUGUAUUUUAUUGUUUGUUGUCGUCACAGAGCUGAAAUUAUUUUAUUGUGCCAUAUGGAUCCUUGUGCCUGUGGAAACAUGAAUGUUUAUUUUUUGUUAAAAUAUUGUAUGUGACAAUAUCAUAUAUAUACUUUUUGUAUAGCAGAUCAUCUGUGUGUAUAAAGAUAUCAACGCUUCAGCACACGGGAUGUUAUUUUGCAGUUAUUGACAUUACAGUUUGAUCCUUAAAUACUAUAUACUUAAAAACGAAUGAUUAUUUUCAUUAUUGUUGCGUACACACAGUUUCCUCCCACCAACAGUACGAAACCUGUGUGUUCAGCUGACGCCUGUGUGCUGAAGUCUUCGCAUCUGACAGCUGCUGCUGUCAAUCUUGAGCUCGGGUGAUGAUUGAUCACUACAAUCCAAGUUUAGGCACUCAGAGCGUCUAAAUCAAUGCUCUGUGCUGACAUCAUUUUGUUAUUCAGUGUAAUCCAGUGUAAUGCGAUGCUCUUUGAAUUGCAUCAGUAUGUUUCUCUGCAGCACUUUACCCCCGAGGGGCGGAAGAGAAGUCCAGAGGUGUUUGUGAAGAUGCUGGUUACACAAAUCUCCUCUACGUCUAAUGCAGCUGCACAAUGUCCCUCAGUCAUCUAUAUUCAAAUAAAACAAAAUGAACUAAUAAGACUGCUGUCAUGACAACUAUCCACCAAAAUGAAUGUUUGAUUAAAAAAAGGUUUAAUGGAAA